GCGGGUCGGCUCCAUCGCGGGACCUGGGCUUCUCGCCCCGCCCCCUGCAGGGCAUUUGACUGGGCCGCUGGCCGAGGAUGCCCCGCCCCCGUGGAGCGGCGACCGUCACGGCUGGGCGCCGCCGGGACCGGGAGCCGUGUGGGCCGCGGACGCUUCUCAUACAGUUAAGAAUCCUUUACCCUGCCCUGCGGGGGACACGUGGGUUGUCUGCAGUCGCCGCGUGGGAAGGCUGAUCAGAGGAGGCUGAGGAGCACGCACCUCCGGCCCCGGGCUGCUGGGGUCCCUUGUGUGUCCUCGGGAGGCAUGGCGGCGUGCCUGGAUGGAUGAGGAGUCAACAGGAGCGGACCAGCACAAGAGCGGAACUCUGAACCCAACCGAGUUUCCUCGACACUGUGUCUCCUAAGAGGGGAGGAGGAUGUUCCCGUCUCUGCCCACCCUGACUGUCCUCAUCCCGCUGGUCUCACUGGCUGGCCUGUUCUACUCCGCCUCCGUGGAGGAAGGCUUCCCUCAGGGCUGCACCAGCGCCAGCAGCCUGUGUUUCUACAGCCUGCUCCUGCCCGUCACCGUGCCGGUGUACGUGUUCUUCCACCUGUGGACCUGGAUGGGGUUGAAGCUCUUCAGACAUAAUUAGUGCAGCGCCCUUGCACGGGAGCUUCCUGGACCUUGGUUCUGACCUCAAGGGUUUCAGAUUCUGAUGUCAGGGCUGUAGCAGAAUAACAUGUGGAAUAAAAUGUCUUGGGUGAGGAAGAACACCACCAGCCUUUA